AUGCAGGGAGCUAUGUCCCUUGACAUGGGAGGACUAUUCACGGGAUAUGACAUUGUAAUUUUCUCUUAUGUGGUCCCAAUAUAUAUAGCAGAGAUAUCACCCAAGCAUCUCCGUGGAGGUCUUACAACACUAAAUCAGAUCAUGAUUGUUCUUGGAGGAUCACUUGCCCUUAUCAUAGGGACAAUUAUAAGUUGGAGAUCAUUAGCUCUAACUGGACUUGUUCCAUGCAUUGUCUUAUUGGUUGGUCUAGAUUUUGUUCUUGAGUCCCCUAGAUGGUUGUUGAAAGAGAAUCUGACCAGUGAUCGAAUCGUGAAUGAGUAUUUUAAUGGUGAGGUGAAAGUUAGUUUUGGUCAGUUGGAAGAUGCUCUUAAUGAUUGUACAAACCUUGAUGAUACAUUUGAGUUGGGUUUAUGCUACUUGAUUGAGGGUGUACUACACGCUCUAGAGAAGAUAACUAGCAUAUGGGGAGAUUUGGUUUCAUUCUCCAUGUUGAAGCCACGACCCAGUGAGGUAGAAUUCUACAAUAGCCUCACAAAUGUUAAUGUGCAUCUAUACAUUGACCUGGGAGUGGAUGAGGCCGAGGGAGAGGCUGAGGAUGGAUCAGGGAGAGAUUUAAUGAAAGAGGCUAAGUAUCUGGCAGAGGUUGUGAAAUCAACUUCUAUUUUUUACGAGGAUGUCUCGAAGGAGAAGGAGCCCACUCCACCAACAGUUGCAUCAUCAUCAGGGCAUGUGUUGCAUCCUGAAUGGGACCAGAUGGUACAGAGGCUUGAGAGGGUUGAGCAGGGUCAACAACGUUACUAUAGAAUUAGUUAG